GUGAGGUGUAUGUGCCUCUGUGGGUGAAGAAGGGAAGUCUGAAGUUCCCCAAAGACAAGGACCCCCCCGUGAUAAUGGUUGGUCCCGGGACAGGACUGGCCCCUUUCCGCUCGGCCGUACAGGAGAGGAUCGCUGAGGGAAAACACGACAACGUUCUGUUCUUCGGCUGUCGCUCUGAAUCCAAAGACUUCUUCUACCGGUCAGAGUGGGAGGAGAAGAUGGAGGCCGGACAUCUGACCCUCUUCACCGCCUUCUCACGAGACCAGGAGGAGAAGGUGUAUGUGCAGCAGCGUGUGAGGGAGAACGCUGAGCUGCUGUGGGAUCUGAUCGCCAACAGAAGUGCCUGCUUCUACAUCGCUGGUAAUGCUAAAGACAUGCCCACCAGUGUGUGUGACACUCUGAAAGAGGUCUUCCAGCAGGAGGGGGGUCUGUCCUCAGAGGAGGCCGAGCAGAUGCUGCUCACCAUGGAGAGGACGGGUCGAUUCCAGAGCGAGACCUGGUCCUGAAAACAUCUCCGCAAAAUCAUCCAUCAGUCAGCAUCCUUCCAGACCGUUCUCCACCGUGUGAAUUGACGGGAGAUUCUCAAGCAGCGUUUGUGUCUUGAACGCCACACGGAUAUGAAAUGUGUUCACAUCAUCAAGUGAGAACAAACCCAUCGUCUGCAGUCAAACACGCCGAAAGAUGGAGGAACAAACAGCCAAUCAAAAGCUUUCAUUUUCAAGAUACCCCUACCCGAGGUAGAACAAAACACAACCAUGGUUUUCCUUACUAUAAUAUGUAUAGUUUAUGAAACGGAGUUAAAACGUGUGUAUACAACCAUCUCAUAACUAAACAUAUUAUAGUAAAUAAAAACAUGGUUGUGUUUUGUUCUACCUCGGGUACUUCCACUACCUCAACUUGUAGGGCCCUCUACUAAAAGCAAAGAUGAGAAAUUGGCACAAACGUAAACUGGUACUGAAGGAUUACCCGUUUACAUCCAAGUGGUCUAAAGUCAAGGUCAAUGGUUUCCCGUGAUAACUCAAACGUAUGACAAUUUCUCCCAAUAGGAUAAAAUAAUGAGAUCCUGGACACACGUGGAGGUAAACGGCAGCAUGACUGGUUUUUGGAGGAACUGUGAGUCGGUGACUUUAGUUAAUUGGGUGACUUAUAUUUAAAUGAUUCGCACGAAAUUGUCUGAUAACAGAUUCCUACAUAAAAUGAAAGGAUAACCUGAUAGGUAUUUUCAUCCUCACUUCAUCAUUGUAGCUUACUGAUACACAAUCUUGAAUAUAAUGUAUUAUAAUGUGAUCUGAAGAAGCUGACAGUAUGGCUCAAUGGUGCUGCUCACAUUGUGAAAUAUAACUAAUUGAUGUUUUAAAUAUGCCUUAAUAAACGUAAUCUGA